GGGAGGGGGGAUACCAAAGGAGGAGAGAGGGUGACAACAGCGACGUUUUCCUAAGACCCAGCGCUCCCCUUAACCUCGGGCUCUGUCCAAUUCCGAUACAUAUCAUCAGCAGCGGCGCCGGCGGCAGGAGGGAUCAGCAGCAGAGCCGCAGCAGCAGCAGCACAAACACUGAGAGUUUUUUUUUAUAAGCGAGCUGCACCGGGGUGUAUAUUAGCCUCCUCCCCCUCCCCCUUUGCGUCGCUCUUCCCUUUCAGAAGGCGAUUGCACAAGGCGACCAAGAACUGCUGCUUCGCCCGACCGGACAAGGGGAAAAAAUACAGAGAUAGCCACCCACACCAGAGAGAGGGAGAGAUAAAGAGAUUUCGAGAGGGAGGGAGACAAGCCGAGACAGAGAUGGUGGCGAGGAGGUCUCCCGGAGGCAAGCCUUUCACUCCCUCCACGAGAUAACGAUGUGCUCCUCCUCCUCCUCAUCUUCCUCUUAGGUUUGCUGCUGCGCGCGGCCUGCGGGAGAAGGGGAUUUUUUUUCUUUGCGCCGACGACCAGACGACGAUGAUGACAGUGGCGCCGCCAGUAUGGGGAUAGCGGCGCCACCGUGUCAGGCGACCAGGCAGCACGUGAGCACGCCCAAGAGCAGUGCGGCGAUCCACGACGACGGCCGGCCGGCCACGGCGAGUUCUAUGUCCCACUCCCAGGGAUUCCACCAGGGCAGCAGCGGCGUCUAUGGCUUCUCCUCGGAUGGCUUCGACCGCCCGGGAUCCAGCCAGGACCAGCAGCAUCAAGAGCACGACCACGUGGCGCAGCAGAGCCGACGAGACAAGCUGAGGGUCCAGGGCUUCGACCCGGCUGCCGCCGGCCUGCUCCCUAUCGAUGGCGACCAGCACGUCGAGCCCGGCGCCAUGUACGACCACGCCGCCGCCACCGGCGCCUCCAACAUGCUCGCCGAGAUGUUCAACUUCUCCGCCCAGACGCCGUCGGGCCCAUCCGCCACCGAGCUGCUGGCCAGCCAGAUGAACGCCAACUACCGCUUCGGGUUCCGGCAGCAGGCGCCGGGAGCGGUAGCCGGCUUGCCCGGCGACGGCGGUUGGUUCGGGAGCGCCGGGCCUGGCCGCGCUGGCGUGGUCCUCGGCGGGGCCAACUUAUUAGGUGAGACGUCCUCGCCCAAGCAGCAAGGCGGCAUGGCGGGCCUCGCCACCGACCCGGCCGCCGCGAUGCAGCUCUUCUUGAUGAACCCUCAGCAGCAGCAGCAGUCAAGGUCGUCGCCAACAUCCCCUCCGCCGUCUGACGCGCAGUCGGCCAUCCAGCACCACGAGGCGUUCCAGGCGUACGGCAACGCGGCGAGCUCGUUCGGCGGCGGCGGGGCCGGCGUGGUGGAAGGCCAGGGCCUCUCCCUCUCCCUGUCGCCGUCGCUACAGCAGCUUGAGAUGGCGAAGCAGGCCGAGGAGCUAAGGGUGAGAGACGGCGUGCUCUACUUCAACCGACAGCAGCAGCAGCAGCAGCAGCAGCAGCAGGCCGCGUCGGUGCAACAGCUCCCGAUGGCAUUGCACGGCCAGGUGGGCUCGAUGGGGCAGCAGCUCCACGUCGGGUACGGCCCCGCCGGGGUCGCCGGCGUGCUGCGCAACUCCAAGUACACGCGCGCGGCCCAGGAGCUCCUCGACGAAUUCUGCAGCGUGGGCCGCGGGCAGACGAUCAAGGGAGGCGGGCGCGGCGGCUCCUCGUCGAACCCUAACGCGAGCAAGGGCGGGCCCUCCAGCUCCGGCGCCGCCCAGUCGCCAUCAUCGGCGUCCAAGGAGCCCCCGCAGCUCUCCCCCGCCGACCGGUUCGAGCAGCAGCGCAAGAAGGCCAAGCUCAUCUCCAUGCUCGACGAGGUGGAUCGGAGGUACAACCACUACUGCGACCAGAUGCAGAUGGUGGUGAACUUCUUCGACUCGGUGAUGGGGUUCGGGGCGGCGACGCCCUACACGGCGCUGGCGCAGAAGGCCAUGUCGCGGCACUUCCGGUGCCUCAAGGACGCCAUCGCCGCGCAGCUGCGGCACACCUGCGAGCUGCUUGGGGAGAAGGACGCCGGCACCAGCUCCGGGCUGACCAAGGGGGAGACGCCGCGGCUCCGCGCCAUCGACCAGAGCCUCCGGCAGCAGCGCGCCUUCCACCACAUGGGCAUGAUGGAGCAGGAGGCGUGGCGGCCCCAGCGCGGCCUCCCCGAGCGCUCCGUCAGCAUCCUCCGUUCCUGGCUCUUCGAGCACUUCCUACACCCGUACCCCAGCGACGCCGAUAAGCACCUGUUGGCGAGGCAGACGGGGCUGUCCAGGAACCAGGUCUCGAAUUGGUUCAUCAACGCCCGCGUCCGGCUGUGGAAGCCCAUGAUCGAGGAGAUGUACCAGCAGGAGACCAAGGAGCUCGAGGGCUCCUCCGCCGCCGCCGGCGGGGGCGGCGGGGGCGGGCCCGAGUCCGGCAACGACCCCUCUGGCGCCGACGACUUGCACUCCCCGACGACCACCGGCUCGCAGCAGCAGUUAGUAAUACACCACGGCGGCGGCAGGUACGGCCAACAAGAACACGGGAUGUCCGGCGUCCACCCCCAUAAGCUCGACCCCGGCGCGGGGCCAUCCGUGGCGGACGCCGCCUUCGUCGGUCUUGACCCGGCGGAGCUCCUUGGCGGCGACGCGCACGUGGGUGCCGCCGACGACCUGUACGGGAGGUUCGAGCCCGGGGUGAGGAUGAGGUACGGGCCCGCCACGACCGGCGCGGUCUCCGGCGACGUGUCCCUUACGCUGGGCCUGCAGCACGCCGGCGCCGGCAACCAGGGGCCGGACGGCAGCGGCCGGUUCUCCUUGAGAGACUACAAUGGUUGUUGAUGCCUACCUACACACAUAUCUUGAUUAUUCAUUCAUGGCUCAGGCAUGCAUUGCAUUAUUUGGAGCACGCUGAGGAGAUUCAUCGAAGAGAGAAGAAAGAAAGCAGUAGCACCAGAGAAGACAGAGAGAUAAAAUUGCAUGGUGCCUCUGGAGGUGGUGCAGGGGAUGGGAAUAUAUAUUAAUAUACGAGACAAAUCAUCAUCUUCAUUUUCUUCUUCCUAUGAUUCUUAAUUUAGCUAGGUUAAUUCCUUUCGUUAGGCAUUAUUGUUGGGGGGCUAAGGAAAAUCGAUCUGUAUACAGGAAAAGAAAGAUAGGAAGUGUAUGUUAUAGAUUUGUUUUGGUCACUCCUUUUUUUUGGUUCUCUUGUCCUGUUCCAUGUUCUGUUUCUUGUUCCGUUUUAGUCUUGGUGUACCAUUUUUUUCCUCCUUUUCAUCUGUAACUAAACAUAAGAGAAACAUACAUACAUACAUAUACAUAUACAUAUA